ACACUUUUGAUUCAAGUUGUUUUCUAACUUGGUCUCCAUGUGGGGAAAUGUUUAGCUAGUGAUUUAGUUAAAACCCUGCUUUGACAGCCAGCUGGAGCACGCAAAGUUUUGCAGGGAAACUCGCUCGCAGUUUGCGGUUACGGCGUCACGGGUGAUGAAAUAUCUCUCUCUUUGUCUCUUCCUCUCACAGGUUGUUUAAGGCUGCAAGGGCGGAAACAGCAAAACCUCCUCCUCUGCCUCCUCCUGCUCCUCCUCCUCCCCUACCAGACUUAUCUUUCCCCUGGAGGAAAAGGGGCAGUCAGCGUGUGCUGCGGUGAAGGAAAGGUGGUUGACAGCAACGCCGGAGCUGUCUCUCAACAUCGGAGGAAUCUCAUCUCUUGAAACCGCUUUGCAAACGAAGGCGCUGUAGCAAAAGGUUUCCAGGAGGUUGUUUGGAUAUUUGUACAAAGGUCAGAGAGUAAAAACCUGCAGCCAUGUCUCCGUUCCUGAGGAUUGGGUUCUCCAACUUUGAGAUGGACCCCGGUCUGGCCUAUCAUGAAGAGGUGCUGAACCCGUACUGUGCCGUUUAUAUGAAGGAGGCCAUCGACACAGAAAAAGGCCAAGUGUACAAGCAGAAGAAGCCGACCAUGUACCCGCCGUGGAGCACCACGUUCGACGCCCACGUCCACCGCGGACGCAUCAUGCACGUGAUGGUGAAGGACCGCACGGCCGAGCUCAAGUCUGAAGCCACGGUGGCUCUGGACUCGCUGGCGACGCGCUGCAAGAAGGAGAACGGGAAGCUGGAGAUCUGGCUGGAGCUGAAGCCACAGGGACGUCUGCUGAUGGAGGCCAAGUAUUAUCUGGAGAAAAGUGACGCUGCAGGUCAGACUGAGGAAGACCCUGAGUCUGAACGAGAGAGAGACGGCCUGUUCGCUCUCCAUCAGCGGCGAGGUGCCAUCAAACAGGCCAAAGUUCACGUUGUCAAAUGUCACGAGUUCAGCGCCACGUUCUUCCCUCAACCAACCUUCUGCUCCGUCUGCAAAGAGUUCGUCUGGGGUCUCAACAAGCAGGGUUACCAGUGCAGACAGUGCAACGCAGCUAUUCACAAGAAAUGCAUAGACAAAGUAAUCGCCAAAUGCACCGGUUCAGCUAUAAACAGCAAAGAAACUAUGAUCCACAAGGAGCGUUUCAAGAUCGACAUGCCCCACAGGUUUAAAGUCUACAACUACAAAAGUCCCACCUUCUGUGAACACUGCGGUACUCUGCUGUGGGGGCUCGCCAAGCAGGGGCUCAAAUGUGAGGAAUGUGGCAUGAACGUUCAUCAUAAAUGCCAGAAGAAAGUAGCCAACCUGUGUGGAGUCAACCAGAAACUGAUGGCUGAAGCUCUGGCCAUCAUCGAGAGUAAACAGCAGGCCAGAAGCACCAGAGACACUGACAAUGAAAUCAUUGGUCGAGAAGGUCCAGUAGGUGUCGGUCAGCCGGGAAUGGUCCGGGCGCCGUCUGGGUUAGUAACCGCCACAGCUACACCUGCAAACAAAGAGCUGCAGGGUGUUUCAUGGGACGGGCCGACGAUCGACGAGGCGCCGACAGACACGCCGACAGAAGAGCCGCUGUACGCCGUCCCCAGGAAGGAACACCAGCCCAAGUUCACCAUCGAUGACUUCGUCCUGCACAAGAUGCUCGGGAAAGGCAGCUUCGGCAAGGUGUUUUUAGCCGAGCUGAAGAGAAAGGGGGAGUUUUACGCGGUGAAGGCGCUAAAGAAGGACGUGGUGCUGAUGGACGAUGACGUAGAGUGCACCAUGGUGGAGAGGAGGGUCCUCUCAUUAGCCUGGGAAAACCCUUUCCUCACGCACCUUUACUGCACCUUCCAGACAAAGGAGAACUUAUUCUUCGUGAUGGAGUAUCUGAACGGAGGAGAUCUCAUGUUCCACAUCCAGAGCUGCCACAAGUUUGACUUGCACAGAGCCACCUUCUAUGCAGCUGAGAUCAUCUGUGGGCUCCAGUACCUUCACUCUAAAGGAAUCAUUUACAGGGAUCUGAAGCUGGAUAACGUGCUGCUGGACUCUGAGGGUCAUAUAAAGAUCGCAGACUUUGGCAUGUGUAAGGAGAACAUGCGGGACGAGUCUCGGACCUGCACCUUCUGUGGGACACCUGACUACAUCGCUCCCGAGAUCCUGCUGGGUCAGAAGUACAACAGCUCAGUGGACUGGUGGUCGUUUGGCGUGCUGCUCUACGAGAUGCUGAUCGGUCAGUCUCCGUUCCACGGCCGCGAUGAAGAGGAGCUGUUUCAGUCCAUACGAACAGACAACCCUGUUUAUCCCCGCUGGCUCACUAAAGACGCCAAAGACAUUCUGAUUAAGCUGUUUGUGAGGGAGCCUGAGGAGCGACUGGGAGUGAAGGGAAACAUCAGACAGCACAAUUUCUUCAGCAGCACCGACUGGACCGCCCUGGAGCAACGCAAGGUGGCGCCGCCCUUCAAGCCAACUUUAACGUCGCCCAGUGACUGCAGUAACUUCGACAAAGAGUUCAUCAACGAGAAGCCGCGGCUGUCGUGCGCCGACCGGACGCUCAUCAACAGCGUCGACCAGACGAUGUUCAGAAACUUCUCCUUCGUUAACCCGGGGAUGAAUCGCAUCGCAGCCCGCUGACCGCCGGACCAACUACUACCUAACAACCACACCACUCAGACACAACCAGCACUUACUGUUACUGAAACAAACUGCAAAGACUUUACACCGUGAAUGUCGUAAAAAAUCUCCGUGAACAUGAUUAUAACCACUAAGGGGGUGUCCUGGGUGUAAGGCACAAACAACUGUGACUGUUAUUUUGUCGCAUGUUUUCUCUGUCUCUCUACAUUUUAAAUAUAAAAACAAAAAUGUGUAAAAAAAAAAAAAAAAAAAGCCAAACAACCCAAACUUCUGGGCUUAAACAAAAAAUGUAGACCAAGAUGUAAAAAUAGAAAAAUUUACCUGAAGUCCGUUAUGAUGCCUCACAUAUAAUUCGUUGAAUACAAAGUGACACUUUAUUAAUUAAUUAUAAAAAUCCCUCUUAAAGUAUUCAACCCUGUUAAUCUGCCUUUAUGCUUAUAAAUGUGUGUUUAUCAAUAGAAAAUAAUGACGUUAUGGUGCCUAGUAUUACUUAUGAAGUUUACUUCUUUAUGUAAAGCAAACUGAGGAAUUUGUUUUCACCAAAUUAGAGCUAUUGUCCUGUUUUUGUUUUAUAUCCUGCCCUAUUCCAGAGCUUAAUGAGUCCACGUACAAAUGUUAGAAAUAAUAUUUCUUGUUGUGUAAAUAAGUGUAAUCUAAUAUUGACAUAAUGUACUGUAUAAUGUUGGAUGUAGAUCUGUCAAUGCGUAGCAGGGUUUUUUGUGUGUUUUCUUAACGUACCUCAGGAGUUUUAUUAAUGCUGUAAUUUAGAUCAGGUACUUUAGAUCAGCUGCGUACUGUAGUUAUUGUUGUUCUAUUCAUUGUGAAUCCUGUACAAUAAAAUAUGUGUGUUUUUGUAGACUGAUGUCGGUUUUGUGUUUUUCACCAAAAACAUAACUUUGGGUUCAAAUGUAGUACCAGAGCAGAGAGAGUGGAGGUGGAGAGGGGAACAAGAGCCAGCUCAGUUUUUCCACCUCACAUCGCCCUAUAAAAUAUAUUUUCCAAAGU